UGCUCUGAUCUUCUCUCCUGAUCUCGAAGUUCAGAGAUUCCAAUUCCCUUUUGCGUCUGUAUUUCGUUUGGUUCGAAAUUUUUAGGAACACCGGCAGAUACGAUGGCUUCUCUCAGCGUCUUGCUCUUUGGGUGUCUUGUCAUCCUAGCGGCCACGAAUAAUCUGGCCAUGGUCGAAGGGAUGAAGGAGUUCAAAGUUGGCGGAACAGAAGGGUGGCGUGAACCGCCCCAGAAUAACACUUCCAUGUACAAUGAUUGGGCUAUGAGGAAGAGGUUCCACAUCGGAGAUUCUCUAGUAUUCAAGUACAAGAACGAUUCAGUGCUUGUGGUGGACAAGUUCAGUUACUACCAUUGCAACACGAGCAACCCAAUCCUAGCCUUGAACAAUGGCAACAGCACGAUAAUGCUAGACAGGCCAGGGCCCUUCUACUUCAUGAGCGGGGACCCCAUCCACUGCAGGAAUGGCCAGAGAUUGCUUGUCGAGGUUAUGUCGCAGCACCCGAUCCAUCAUUCCCCACCCUCAGUUGCCAGCCCGCCUGAAUCUGGCUCGAUCUCCCCUGCAUUGUCUCCACUCUCAAGCUCAGGAGCUUUUGCUACAGCAACAAUGUUUAGUCCCAUGGUGAUUGCUUUUGUGGCUGCAGUAGUUGUUCCGGCAUAGACCAUUUAUGCGUUUAGGCGUUCAUGCUUCGUUGUUUAGGUGAUUCUUCUUUGCUGUUUGAUUCCAGCACAUCUGCUAGUUAGGAUUUUGUUUCGAGCAAAUAUUUAUAUUGAUUUGUUCCCAUUUGCAGACUGUUUAUUGGUAGGAUUUCUCGUGUGU